AUGGUGGCGGGGCGGAACCCCGUGGACGGAUACUAUCGGCAGCAGAACGAGAUGAUUGACGGAUUCAGUGAGAUGGGUAGUACCCCCCCCCCCGCACAUCUGUGUCUACUGCCUCCUGCCGCGCCCUUCCUCUCCCCCACCUUUCCCCUCCCCUCGCCCCCAUAUUUCCCGCGCGCGCGCGCUGCAGUGGCGGGGCGGAACCCUGUGGACGGGUAUUACCGGCAGCAGAACGAGAUGAUUGACGGUUUCAGUGAGAUGGACGCGCUUAGUGAGCAGCUGCUGCCGCCCACUCCCAGUGAGGUGAGGGAGGCGCGGCGGCAGCACCGGAACGAGUUCAUGGCGGUGCAGAUAUCCAACGGCGCCAACGUGUGCCUCUUCAUUGUCAAGAUCAUCGCUUCCAUUGUCAGCGGCAGCCUCGCCAUCCUGGCUUCAACUCUCGACUCGCUGUUGGACCUGCUGUGUGGGUUCAUCCUCUGGUAUACAGCUCGUACUAUGCGCCGUACCAACCCCUACAAGUACCCCAUUGGGAAGAGGCGCAUGCAGCCACUGGGCAUCAUAGUGUUUGCAUGCAUCAUGGCAUCUCUCGGAUUUCAGAUCCUUCUUGAAGCAGUUCGCAAGCUCACAGACUCGAGCCACUCAGCAGGCCUGGGCGAGAAGUGGCAAGUGUAUGUGGGCAUCAUGUUGCUGGUCAUUCUCACCAAGUUCAUCCUCUUCCUCUACUGCCGCCUCUUCUCCGAUGACAUUGUUCAAGCAUACGCUCUCGAUCACAUGAUGGAUGUGGUAACCAACACAGUGGGCCUGAUGGCAGCAGUGCUGGCAGGGGAAUAUGCCUGGUGGAUCGACCCUGUUGGAGCCAUCUUCCCCCCCGUUCCCCUCCACCCCUUCCCCCUCCCCCUCGCUCCCCUCCACCCCUUCCCCCUCCCCCUCGCUCCCCUCCACCCCUUCCCCCUCCCCCUCGCUCCCCUCCACCCCUUCCUCCUUCCCCAGCUCGCCCUGUACACCAUGUUCAACUGGGGCAACACCGUGCGCGAGAACGUGCGCUGCUUGACUGCCGAGUCCAAUUCAAAGGCCAUCGCACCACCCCUUCCCCCAACCACACCUCCCUCCCUCCCCACCCCCCAGCUCGCCCUGUACACCAUGUUCAACUGGGGCAACUCCGUGCGGGAGAACCUCGCCCUGUACACCAUGUUCAACUGGGGCAACACUGUGCGGGAGAACGUGCGCUCUCUAACGGGACGAACGGCACCACCCGCCUUCCUGCAGAAGCUCACGUACCUGUGCUGGAACCACCACCGGGCGAUCCUGGCCAUUGAUACCGUGCGGGCAUACACGUUUGGCGCGUCCUAUUUCACUGAAGUGGACGUUGUGCUGCCUGAAGACAUGCCGCUGAAGGAGGCGCAUGACAUUGGCGAGGCGCUACAGAACAAGCUGGAGCGGUUACCAGAGAUUGAAAGAGCGUUUGUUCAUUUGGAUUACGAGGUGUCACAUCGGCCAGAGCAUCAUCACCACCUCUCCACGUUCAAUAACAAGCUGGAGCGGUUGCCGGAGAUUGAGAGAGCGUUUGUUCAUUUGGAUUACGAGGUGUCACAUCGGCCAGAGCAUCAUCACCACCUCUCCACGUUCAAUGUCAGCAACGGACCGUCUUCCACGAGCUUUUCAAGCGACCCAAGAUCCCCCCCAGGCAUUUUAGCUGAGGUCCUCGUGAUUUGUUACUUGACGGCAUCAGUCGCCAUGGCGUCCCUAGACCCGUUCUUCCACCUGACCAGCCUUCCCUACGCCAUUCUUCGCCCGCCGAAGCUCCGCCUAAAGCUCCCGACUUUCUCCUUCCCCAAUCCUAUGGUCGUCUACUGCUUCGUAGUUUUCAGCUAUUUCCUCGUCGUCUCCGGAAUCGUCUUCGAUAUGAUUGUCGAGCCUCCCGGCAUCGGCGGCCAUCAGGACGAAGCCACGGGAAAAUUCGUUCCCGAGGUCAUUAUGGCGGGAAGAUUGAACCAGCAGUACAUUAUCGAAGGCCUUUCGUCCGGAUUUAUGCUCGUGAUGGGAGGCCUUGGGAUUGUCUUGAUCGACUGGGCUUGCGACAAGCUGCAGACGAAGAACAUGCGGCUGGUGUAUCUGGGUACUGGGCUGUCCAUGGUGGUUAUGAGCUACACCAUGAGCAUGGUGUUCCUGCGUAUCAAGAUGCCUGGCUACCUGCACUAG